AUGGCGCGCCCAAGUAAAGGCGUGAAGGCGUCCACUCACGAAAAGCGCUCCAAGGACCUGCGCUCGACGCUCAGCAAGUCUAAGGUCGAGGCCCUCGCUCGGGCUUUGCCUAAGAAGAAGAAGAUUCUGGGCGAAAGACCCCGCAAUGGUGAAGCAAGCCACCAGAGUGUGGGCCGCGGCGUGGACCCAAGGGUGCCUCGAAUUGGGUCUAAGCGGUCGGUUGUGGAGGACAACGUCCGAAAAAUGUGGGACCACAUCGUCUGGCAAAAGAUCUCCGAUGAGGCCUUGCGGCUGGGCACUGUGAGAGAGGACGAGAUGAACGAGUAUGGUUGGAUUCUGACGUCAAAAGUACCGCUCUUUCACGAGGAGGUAGCCAGCGUUUCGGUUCGUUUUCUCCACAAGAGUCCAUACAAAUCAACUGACAUAAGACAGAAGAAGCUGUUCACAAUAACCGGUGGAAAACUUGCUGUAGUACCCGCUGCUAUCGCAACAACGACUGGUAGCCGACAAUGUACCGUCGCGUUUCGCCUAUCCCAUGACAUCAAGAAGGCUUUGGGAGAAGACCCGAGGCUCCAAGGAAACCUCUUCAAGAUCUCUCAGCCCUUGAGUCUCGACCCGAUUCCGGCUACAUCUAAGCUCCGCUUCACUCCGGCAACAAAGCACGACCCUAGCUUUGCAGAUACCAAACCUGCCGCUAAGACUGAAAUCGACACCAAAAGCACAAAGCCCGGAGCCCAGAUCAAGGGCGAAGUCAAGGUCAAGCUUCAGGAAAUCAAUAUGUCCGACUACGAGAAUGAUACCGACGUUCCAGAAGAGGAGCUGGUGAGUCCGCGCACCCAACGACGCAGCAAUGGAAGCGGCAAGAAAUAUCGAUAUCGAUACCCCAAAGACCUCCAAAAUUUUAUCGCAGAGGAAGAGACGGAUGUCGAGUCGGACGGGAGCUACAGAGACGAAAAUAGCGGAGACAGCGACGAUAGCCUCUCUGUGGACGAAUCGACGGAGGGCGAAGAAGAGGAAGAGCCGCUUUCGGACGACGAGAUGGAUAUGUGA